UGCCGACCAAACGAUUUUGAUGUUUUUUCAAAAUGCAACAUAUCUUCGUCCUUGUACGCCACAUUUCGCUAAAUUGCGCGGUGUGUGAAAAUUAACGUCCCGUCGAUCUUCAACGACGAAAACAAUCACUCGCCAUUCCACGCCCAUGGCUAACUGGCUCUCUUCCAAGCUCAAAGUUGCUGAGAAUAUUCUCCAACAGAUUGAUCAGCAAGCAGCUGAAUCACUUAAGAAGGGAGAAAAGCCUCGGCUUAAAGGGCUAGAUACAGAAAUCUCGACCAUAUCCAGCGGUAAUAAGCCAUUGAAGGACCAGCUUAAGAAGAGAACACCUGAAAACCAGCAUUUUGGUCGAAAGACACAGGGUGAUCAGAAUUUUAUUGAGAUUAGCACGGAUAAAACUAAGAAUUUCGACACUGCCAAUUAUGAAAACGAGGAGGUUGUUACCCCUGCAAACUUGAGCCCCAAUCAGGGCAGUAAUGCUAGCACUCUUACAGAUACAGAUUGGACGGAAUUGCUGAGUGUUCCUAAUAAAAGUCCCUCUAGGGGUGUUGCCCGAAUAAGCAAUAAAGUGGGAGGAGUUCGAGCUCUGAAGAAGGAUGGUUCGACUCAAGGGAGUUUGGGUUCUGGCUCCAGUUUGUGGGCAUUCGAUGGGAAAAUGAGCCAGAAGGCUCACACUAACGUUUUGUACAGCUCAGUGAAAUUGGAUGAUCAAAUAGGGAAUAAGGGGAUUGAUAGUGGACACCCUGUGAGAUUGAGUGAUGGGGAUGGUUCAGAAAGAGUUCAUCCUGAUGGAAGGGAUGAAGGUUCAGACCUUUUGCGUGGAAACAAUGAUGAUGAAAAGAACAUAACAUUGCCCCUGCAGGUAGAUGCUGUUAAGGAUGGAAGUAUUAGAUGGAUGGAAUCUGUCACUACUAACUCGAAGUUAGAUCCAAAGACACAGCUGAAUGAUAAUCAAAUAUUUAGCAGUGGGCCUAAAGUGUCUUCUCGGAGUUCUCUAAAGAUAAACUCUUCCUCACAAAGUGAUGGAGAAUCAGAGUCUGAGACAGAUUCAGGGUCUUCAUCAGGCUCUGAAAGUGAACGAGAAAGAGAAGAAAUGAGAAAAAGAAGACAGCAGAUUCUGGCAGAAAAAGCAGCUGCAAAAGCAGCUGAAGCAAUAAGAGAUCGCGAGGAUAUGAUAGCUAAAUUGGAAGGGGAGAAGCAGAGCUUAGAAAAGAUACUUCAAGUGAGGGCCAAACAGCAAGCACAAGAGGCUUCUGAUUUGCAAACGAAAAUGAUGGAAACAAUGGAAGCUGUUGAGGUAGAGAAGCAAAAGCACAAUAGCACUAGAAUGGAAAUCCUAACAAGACUGGCAAUCCUGGAGACUGCUAAUGCUGAGCUUGCAAAGUCGUUUGCUACUGCACAAUGGAAUCUUGAAGUAGAGGUUAAUCGAGUUGUAGAACUUCGUCAACAGAUUGAACUGAAAGAAGCAAUUCAAGAAGAUCUAAGAAGGAAGAUUUCUCAAACUAAGGAAAGUGGAAAAAGAUUGGUGUCUUCAAAAGGAGAUGAAUUUGAAAAGGAGAUACUUGAAGAAGAGUACUCUUUCCUAGCAGAUAAAGUGGCAGCAUUGCAAGAAAAGGCAAGAACACUAGAAACAAGCAUUGGUACUACUAAGAGAGAACUGGAGAAUCCUACCGAUGUGGAAGUUGAGCUAAAGCGUAGGCUUGGUCAGUUGACUGACCAUUUGAUUCAGAAACAGACUCAGGUUGAGGCUCUCUCUUCCCAGAAAGCCACACUGUUGUUUAAAAUCGAGGCUGUAACGAGAUCAUUGGAUGAAAACAAACAAAUCCCAAGUACCUCAUCAGCCAGUGAUUUGGAGUUGGGGGAAUGGAGCCUAGGGAAUUCAAAACUGAAGUCGUCCUCAUUUGAGGAAAGGUUUCGGUCAGGUCAGCGACAUUUAUGGUCGUUGGUUUGGCAGUUAGAUUACAUCUUCUCUGCAGGAGCUUUGUUCCUUCGAAGAAACUCGAAAGCAAGGAUAUGGUCACUUGUUUACCUUGUAUGUCUUCACCUCUGGGUUGUAUAUAUUCUAAGAUCUAAUCCUUCAGUGUCUGAAGACUCUACUGGUGCUGCAUUUUCCUUGGAGAAUAUCAACAACACUGCACGGAUCUGAUCUGCUGUUUAUUUAUGCGAGUCUAAGCUCAUUUUGAUAGGAGUUUUGUUAAUGGCAAGUUGCUUCUGCUGUUGUAAUACACAAAAAAUUAUUAUAGGUAAAAGCAUGCAAGAGGUUAUUGGUAAAAGUGUGCAAGAGGUCCUGUUAUAUUGUGCUUUUGUUCAAUGCAGUCCAAUUUCAUUCAUUCCGUCCCUAUUUGGACAGUGGCAUGGUCGCAUGAUCUAUACCAAUUCUAAUAUAGCACUGGACUGCACCUUCCAGCAGCAUC